AUGGGCACUCCCUCAGAACGCCGCAUGACCUCCAGAGGAGAUGUCAAGUUACAUUCCUUUGAUGAGGUACGAGAGCGAGAACGAGAGUUCUUCGAGUUCCUGGACAGCGAGCUAGACAAGGUCGAGACGUUCUACAAGCAAAAGGAGGAUCAUGCUGGUCAGAGACUUGCCCUCCUCCGAGAGCAGCUACAUGAGAUGAGGAAUAGGCGGACACAUGAAAUCAUGGAAUCUAGACGGCGCAAGGAGCAAGGAGAGUCCGACGCUAAUGGGCAUGAGAAUGGGAAAGAGCAUGAGCACCAUUCCCUUUUCGACCCGCUGAAGGCAAAACUAUUCAAGCCGGGUCCGAAUUCAAGAGCCCUGCAGAAGAUGCCACAAACGCCGGUGUUUGCAGGAGCGUCCAGAGAAGAGAGGAGAGACUACACCCGCCGCCCUCCCGAGUCAGAUAUUCCAUACAGAACGGCGAAGCGAAAGUUGAAAGUGGCCCUCCAGGAGUUUUAUCGAGGGCUGGAAUUGCUCAAAUCAUAUGCUCUGCUUAAUCGGACUGCUUUCCGGAAAUUAAAUAAGAAGUACGAUAAAGCCGUUAAUGCAAGACCGCCAUAUAGGUACAUGAAUGAGAAAGUCAACAAGUCAUGGUUCGUCACCAGCGAUAUUCUUGACGGACACAUUCAUGCAGUUGAGGACCUAUAUGCGAGAUACUUCGAAAGAGGAAAUCACAAACUUGCUGCCGGCAAACUUCGCAGCCUCAGCCGUAAACCGGGCGAUGAAUCAGGAAGCGCAUUUGUCAACGGUUUGCUCCUGGGCGUCGGAGCUGUUUUUACAGUUCAAGGACUUGUAUAUGGGGCGGAGCUGCUCUUUGAUUCGGAUCCGAUUGUACGCCAACAGACGAGCUAUCUAAUGCAGAUCUACGGCGGAUAUUUCCUCAUGCUCUACCUCUUUUGCCUGUUCUGUCUGGAUUGCAAGAUAUGGACAUGUAUGCGACGUUAUCACGACACGAAGAACGUCUUCCCACAUCUCGUCAACUGCGGCAAGUAUGUGGCCACGAUCAUCACUGCUGUUUGUUUGAGUCUCUAUCGUAUCAAUGGGAGCCACGCCAACCUUGCUCUAUUCAUCACCUUUGCCACCAUUAACGGAGUCUACACAUCCUUCUCUGAAGUCACUCGCAGAGGGAUGUGGACACUCUUCCGAGUGGAGAACGAACACUGUGCCAAUGUCGCCCAAUACAAAGCUUCUCGCGAUGUGCCGUUGCCAUAUCAGAUCGAGACUUUGGUUGAGCGGGUCAGCAUGGAAUCGGCUCUUGACCGGAUACCCACCGCCGCAAGCGGCAAGUCAACCGGUGUGGAAAUCAGUGGAGGGGCGAGCAGCCGCGUUCCAACAGCGAAUCUGGACAGCGAAGAGCAGGGCACUCCAGACGACGGUACCGUGAGGAGGAGACGUGCAGAUACGGUCGGGAGGAGGUCCAUUGCGCGGAUCAUGGCGGAGGCUCACAAACAGGACUUUGAGAAGCGUAGGAAGCCCGAGACUCCUGUUCCUGAGGCCGACGAUGAGGUCGACGCUGGACGAAGCGAUGAUGACGAUGACGACGAUGAUGAUGACGAUGAGACAGGCAGUCUGUUAGACGAGCGAAUGGAGGUACGAGAGGCGGAAAUGCUGCGAAAGCCUACGGAGGAAAGAGAAGAUAGUAAUUAG